AUGUCGGCCACGCUCAUCAACGUCGACGACGGCGACGCCAUGGAGCCGACGCUGCAGUCGAUCCUUGACCAGCGGUCGCUGCGUUGGAUCUUCGUUGGCGGGAAGGGCGGCGUGGGCAAGACGACCACAUCCUGCUCGCUGGCCAUCCAGCUCGCCAAAGUGCGCCGCUCCGUGCUGCUCAUCUCAACCGACCCGGCCCACAACCUCAGCGAUGCUUUCAGCCAAAAGUUCGGCAAGGAGGCCCGUCUCAUUGACGGCUUCGAGAACCUGAGCGCCAUGGAGAUCGACCCCAACGGCAGCAUCCAGGAUCUAUUGGCGGGGCAGGGCGAAGGCGACGCCGGCGCCGACAUGGGCGGCAUGGGAGGGAUGAUGCAGGACUUGGCCUUUGCGAUCCCCGGUAUCGACGAAGCCAUGUCCUUCGCUGAGGUCCUCAAGCAAGUCAAGUCGCUCUCGUACGAGACGAUCAUCUUCGACACCGCACCGACCGGUCACACCCUCCGCUUCCUCCAAUUCCCGUCCGUCCUCGAGAAGGCGCUCGCCAAAGUCUCCCAGCUCUCAAACCAAUACGGCCCGCUCCUCAACGGAUUCCUCGGCAGCAACGGGACACUCCCUAACGGGCAGAACCUCAACGAGAUGAUGGAGAAGCUGGAAACGCUGCGGGCGACCAUCUCGGAGGUGAACACGCAGUUCAAGGACGAGCGGCUGACGACGUUUGUGUGCGUGUGCAUCCCCGAGUUCUUGUCGCUGUACGAGACGGAGCGCAUGAUCCAGGAGCUGGCCAGCUACGGCAUCGACACGCACAGCAUCGUCGUCAACCAGCUGCUGUUCCCCAAGCCGGGCUCCGACUGCGAGCAGUGCACCGCCCGCCGCCGCAUGCAGAAGAAGUACCUCGAGCAGAUCGAGGAGCUCUACGACGAGUUCAACGUCGUCAAGAUGCCCCUGCUCGUCGAGGAGGUCAGGGGCAAGGAGCGCCUCGAGCGCUUCAGCGAGAUGCUGGUCACCCCGUUUGUGCCGCCUUCGUAG